AUACGCGUUAUCCCUUUAGGACCUCCAACCCAACAACCACUUCAACCACGCCUUACCCCCUCUCUCUCUCUUUCUCUCUUUCUCUCUCUUCUCACGCACGCAACACAACUACCGUUCUGAUCGAUUUUUCGAUCGUCUCCGCAGGUUUUAUGUAGCUUGAGUUUUGUCAAUAUAGUAGAGAUGGAUAAAGUGUCUGCUCCUUCAUCUUGGGAGCGUGCCCAUCGCCUUUAUGAGAAGAACCUUGAAUUGGAGAAUAAACGAAGGAGAUCAGCUCAGGCACAGGUUCCAUCAGAUCCAAAUGCUUGGCAACAGAUACGUGAGAAUUAUGAAGCAAUAAUUCUCGAGGAUCAUGCCUUUUCUGAGAAGCAUAACAUUGAGUAUGCUCUGUGGCAAUUGCACUAUAAGUGGAUUGAGGAAUUGAGGACAUACUUUAAUGUUGCCCAUACUUCUGUAAGCUCAAAAUCAUCUCUGGGAGGGAAAGGUUCUGUUCGACCUGACCGGAUAACUAAAAUAAGGCUGCAAUUUAAGACUUUUCUUUCAGAAGCAACUGGAUUUUACCAUGAUCUUAUUAUGAAUAUUAGAGCUAAGUAUGGACUUCCACUUGGUUACUUUGAGGACUCUGAAAAUAAAAUUGUAAUGGGGAAGGAUGAAAAGAAAUCUUCUGAUAUGAAGAAAGGUUUAAUAUCCUGUCACCGUUGUUUGAUAUACUUGGGUGAUCUCGCUCGCUACAAAGGCUUAUAUGGUGGAGGCUACUCAAAAAAGCGUGAAUAUGCAGCAGCUUCUAGUUACUAUCUACAAGCUGCAACUAUUUGGCCUUCAAGUGGAAACCCCUAUCAUCAGCUUGCCUUGUUGGCUUCAUAUAAUGAGGAUGAGCUGACUACUGUUUAUUGUUAUUUUCGGAGUCUGGCUGUGGAUAGUCCAUUUUCAACUGCCAGGGAUAAUUUGAUACUUGCAUUUGAGAAGAAUCGCCAAAGUUACUCUAAGCUCUCUGGUGAUGUUAAAGAGCAUGCAGUCAAUGGAAUGGGAAAAGGGGAAGCAAAACUUGUGGCCCGGGAUACUGGUGUGGAAACCUGCCCUAGAAAGGAAGGAGCAUCCAAUAUACAGGAAACUUACAAAUCUUUCUGCACAUGCCUUGUCCGUCUUAAUGGAAUCUUAUUCACGCGAACAAGCCUUGAGACCUUUGCUGAAGUUCUAUCUCUUGUUAGUGCUGGCCUGCAUGAACUUCUAUUACCAGGACAAGAUGAAGAGCUGAAAUUUGGCUUAGAUACUCUUGUGAACAAACUGGUUAUUGUCAGAAUUGUUUCCAUGAUCAUAUUUACAGUUCAUAAUGUGAAAAAGGAAUCUGAAGGUCAAACAUAUGCAGAAAUUCUACAGCGUGCUGUUCUACUUCAGAAUGCAUUCACUGCAGCUUUCGAAUUGAUGAGUUUAGUAGUAGAGAAAUGUAUGCAGCUGCAGGAUCCUUCUUCCAGUUAUCUUUUAUCAGGUAUUUUGGUUUUUGUUGAGUGGUUGGCAUGUUAUCCAGAUAUUGCUGAAAGCAAGGACGAAGAUAAUGUGACAACUAUUAGAUCAAAAUUUUGGAAUCAUUGUCUAUCCUUCUUGAACAAGUUACUUUCACUUGUGCCCAUGACAGAAGAUGAUGAUGAAGAAACUUGCUUUAACAACAUGAGCAGGUAUAAAGAAGGGGAAACGGAAAAUCGGCUUGCUUUGUGGGAGGAUUUUGAGUUAAGAGGAUUUGUUCCACUUCUCCCUGCACAAACCAUCUUGGAUUUUUCAAGGAAGAAUUCCCUUGGAAGUGAUGGUGAAAAGGAAAGAAAAGGUCGGAUUCAAAGGAUUUUAGCUGCAGGGAAGGCUUUAGCAAAUGUUGUUAGGGUUGAUCAGAAAAUGAUAUAUUUUGACUCAAAGCGAAAGAAAUUUGUUGUUGGUGUUCAGCCUCAAAUCUCAGAUGAUUUUGUUAUUUCCUCCCUUUCUGGUACACCUAGUGCAGAUUACCAUCAUUAUAUUGAAGGAGAGGACGAUGAUGAGGUUAUUGUUUUCAAGCCUAUAGUAUCUGAGAAACAAGCUGAUAUGGUGGUUGCCUCAUCAUGGGCACCCCAUGAAGGCUUAGAAUCAGUUCCAACAGCUUCUGUAGGGGAUAUGAAAUUUAAUGAAAAUUCUACUUCUAACCCUCUCAGUGAUGCAAUUUAUCAAAAUUCUUUACCUGCUUCUGUCAAUGCAAUGGUUCCUCAACGCCUACUUCCAGUUCAACCACAUUCUUUGAGGUGGUUAGAGGAGGAAAUAUCUCUUGCUGACAGUUUGAAAGGUCUUAGAUUCUUGGAGAAUGGGCACAUGAUGAAACCUAACCAACCAUUUAAAGAAGCUGUCCCAAUCUCUGACCGUCCUGCACUUGCAGUUCCCACCCAGCAAUCUGUAAGUGCUGGUGCUAGUAUGCUUUAUGCUCAUGAUCUCUCAAAAGCUGGUGACUUCGGAAAUUCAUUCAAAGUCGAUGCCAAUGCGUCUACUGGAACACUUACUGAUAACUCUGUUGUGAGAACGCCAUCCACCAUGCAAGCUGGUUUGAAAAAAUCUCCUAUCAGUCGACCUUCUAGGCACCUUGGACCUCCUCCUGGAUUCAGUCAUGUUUCUCUUAAACAAGAUAUUGAACCCACUGGUCCAGAUUCAAUUAGUGGAAAUUCAAUUAUGGAUGAUUACAGUUGGUUGGAUGGAUAUCAGUUGCCUUUAUCAACCAAAGGUUUAGGUCCAAAUGGUCCUCUUAUUUGCUCUCAGUCAAAUUCGCAUCAAGUUGGUAACAAUGGUUUGAAUGGGGUAGUCAGUUUUUCCCAUACUGGAAAACAAAUUCCGUCUCUGCAGGUGGAGAAACAGAAUGGCUGGCAUGAUCAUCGGACAUUUGAGCUUUUAAAAGCACACCAAAAUCAGCAGUUGCAGCCACAGGUUCUCACAAAUGGAAAUCAGCAUCUUACUCCUCUGCCUGAGCAAUUCCAAGGACAAUCAAUAUGGACAGGUCAACACUUCGUGUGAUGUCGCUCCUCAGUAUGAGAAUAUGGGUGGUCCUUGAAGGAUUAUUAAAUGUGCUGCAUCCCUUUGCUACCCCGUCAAACUCCAGCUCUACUUCGUUGUCGUUGAAUGUUGGAGUUUAUCUGGCCUAGACAUUUUGCGAGAGGUUGCUACUACAAAAGAAUUUGCUGAGCUCUAAAGUCCGGGUGGAUGAAGAUAAACAUGCAUCUUUAGGGUGGAUAGAGGGUGAUAAAUAAAGUACAGUCAUCUUGGAGCUUGUGUGUAUCCUCUGGGAUUGGUGGUAUGCUACUAUGGUUUGUUCACUUCUCUACACCUGUAAGAAUUGAUACUAUCUAGCUGCCGGUGAUACAUGAUUCUACUCGUUUUUGUUUCUAACUCGUCAAAGCUUCAGACUAGUUGGAAAGAUCGAUAGGUAUGAAGCGCUCCUCUAAGCUGGAUAAUGGGAUAUGAAUAUGAUAAUGACAUUGUGAAGCAUGCUUGAGUAAGUACAAGUGUUUAGUGGUUGCAUCUUGUUAUGGCUUUUAUGUUUUUACAUAACCAGUGAUGUACGAUUUACUUUCUUCCUUUUUACCUAGUCGGGGUUUUCUCGAACUUAAAAAUAAAUAAUCCCUUUCGAAUUUUGGAUUAUGGAUUAUGGAUGUCUUGGUCCAUUACCUGAAGUAAAAGUUCUAUUGUCUCUUUUUAUUU